AUGCAACACGAUUUUGUAGUUGGUGAGAUUGUUUGGGCAAAAAUGAAGGGUUUCCCUCCGUGGCCGGCCAAAAUUGUCGGUGAUGUUCCUUCGAAAAACAAGAAAAGUGUGCUGUUUUUCGGAACAAAUCAAACGUAUCAAUGCCCAUUGGCGAAUAUCAGUGAUUAUUUCGAGAAAAAGGAUGAAUAUGAGGUGACAAGAAGGAAUAAGGAAUUUCAAAAAGCUAUUGAACAUUUGAAAGAAGAAUUGAAAAAUGGGACGAAAAAAGCAGAACCUGAAGAGAUUUUGAUACUUGAUGAAGAACCAGAUGAGAUAAUUGAAGAAGUUCGUCAAGAAGUUAUUGUUGAAGAAAUUCCAAGCACAUCAAAUCACCAUACGCCAGAUUCAGAACCUGAGCCAGAAAUUAUCUGCCAAGAACCGAAAGAAGAAGAGUUCAUAGAAAGUAACGAGAUAGAAAAUAAUGAAGAGGAAGAAGAAAAAAUUGAGAACACCCCACAAGAAGUUGUUCAAAAGCGUCGACGAUCUGAAACUCCCUCAAAAGCUCCAUCUCAAAAACGAAGAAGUUUGGGAUAUGCAGGAAGAAAAGGCGAAAACGAUUCAGCAUGUGUUAGGAAAGGAUUCAUCAGCCCGUUUUCCAAUAUUGAAAAAACUCCGCCAAAGGGUUUGAGGAAACGAAAGAAGGCUCCGCCACCGGUUGAACCUCCAAUUUCGAUUCAAGAAACGACGCCUCUCAGAUUUGUCGUAGGUUUUUUUUAAUUAGAGGAGAAUAAUUAAUAAAAAAAUUAUAGAAUAUUCAACAAUUCAAUAAUCGAUUGUCAAGCGAAGCUUCGGAUCACAAUGCAAUGAUUCAAAAAUUGCUUUCAAGAAAAUUCAGUAUCCCAAUGGAAGGUUAUAUGUGUAAGUUUUCAUCAUCAAGAAGAUUUUCCACAAAAAAAUGUAUAAUUUCAGUGUCUGGUCGAAGCCUUGGACUUGGAGGAAGUCGUCGAAAAUGUGCUCUUUUCGAUCCGUAUCAUGAAAACGCAGUGAUUCUCUACGCGCCUCUUCAAAUAUCCGAACAUGCGCAACUCAAAGAUGACAAAGAUCGAAAAGUGCACGUUGUUGUCGAUCCGGUGCUCGGAAAAAUUCUUCGACCACAUCAAAGAGAUGGUGUAAAAUUCAUGUAUGAUUGUGUAACUGGUUUGAACAUUGAAAACUAUUUCGGAUGUAUUAUGGCUGAUGAAAUGGGUUUGGGUAAAACACUGCAAUGUAUCACGCUUUUAUGGACAUUGUUGAGACAAAGUCCGGAUGCUUGUCCGACUUUGUCGAAAUCGAUUAUUGUUUGUCCGAGUAGUUUGGUGAAGAAUUGGGAUAAAGAGAUUAAAAAAUGGCUUGGAACACGGGUGAAUGCAAUGCCUGUUGAUAGUGGAAAACGCGAAUUGAUUAUUCAAUGUUUGAGUGGGUUUCUUAUGGGAAUAAUUUUUAAUUUUUUGAAUAAUUUUUUGUAACAAAAAACAUAAAUUUCCCUGCGCAGAAAUACGUCGAAAAAACAAAAGAUACAGUUUAUUAUUUUCGAGUGGAGACAACACAAAAUUGAGAGAGUGCAGACAAAAUCAUUAAAUUCUGUCUGCACUCUCUCAAUUUCGUGUUGUCUCCACUCGAAAAUAAUAAACUGUAAAUUUUGUUUUUUGACGUUUUUCUGUAUGUUUUUUAUCACAAAAUAGUAUUCUGCAUAGGCCCAUUAGAAAAUGAAAUUAUGAGCAUUUAGGCUAAUUAAUUAUUCCCCUUACAAGAGAACUGUUUCAAUCGAGAUUUUUUAUGAACUAUAUAUUUUCUAUGAGUUUUCGACCCGCUGAUCACAAUUCCCUUAUCUAAAACUACAAAACUCAACUCCUACCAUGAGUUAUGACGUGGCACAUUUCGAAAAGUUGCGACUUUGAGAGGUCAAAACUCGCUUUCAAAAUGAUUUUCAUGAAAAUCUGAUUCACACCUCGGCCAAAAUCGUGGUUUUCACAAUAGAAAAUUGUACGCUGAUUUUUUACAGUACAAAUAUUGUGAAUUUUUCAGUUUUGACCUCUCAAAACUGAAAUUCAGAUUUUUCCAAAAAUUGUACUCUGGCCAGCCACGGCUUGGCCGAGGUGUGACUGCAAGCCAAACUCGAUUUUUGAUCGAAAAAUCAAUGGAAUUCGCCUACUUUAUAUAAAUUUUCAUAAAAGUCUGGACGAAAAUCGCCUACUUUAACAGAAAAACCAGAAUUUUAACCUACUCGUCUCAAUUUCCACCAAAAAAGCACCAUUUCCCACCUACUUUUCGUCAAAAAAUUCAAAAAAUCUCCACCGUAAGAAAAAUCUUAUUUUUCAAAGUGAGAUUUUCCAAACAACCAACAGUUCAAAACAAAAAUGAAAAAAUGCGAAAAAAAGAAAAAAACAUCGGCUAUCCCGGAUGUUCGAAGCGCACUGGUGCUGAAAAGCACUGGCACUAAAAGCGCACUUGGUGCCUCGAAUGAGCGUCAGUGCCGAAACGCACUUUUUAGAACUUGCAGCAAAACAGAACCACAAUAAGAACGAAAUGAAAGGUCGCCUCCAGAUGGCAUGUGCCAGAGGUUUCCUAACAUCUCAUAUAAUACCGUGGGGCGAAACAGAGAGAAGCGGGCAAAAAUAUAAUCACAGAAAUAUGUCACAUAUUUCUGUGAUUAUCUAGAAGAAGAGAUCCGCAACAGAACCACAGUAAUAAGAAAGUGAUAGUUCCCCUCUAACCGCCAUUUGCUAGAGGUUUCCUAACACCUCACAUAUUACUGUGGGGCGAGAGAGAGAUCAGAAGCGGCGAAACCCAGGGCUGCUCAAAUUUUCAGGUUUUUUAAGAAAGUGAUUUGAAAUAUUGGAUUUUAAUUUUAUUCGAUAGAAUAGUCUAAGACGAACAGAAUGAUAUAAAUUUUGAUGAAUUCACGUUAUCCUUAAGUGAUUUAGCGACGUUUAGUCUAUAUUUAGUCGAUAAGCCGAGUCAAUCGACUAAACGUCGCUUAAUCACUUAUGGAUAACGUAAAGUCAUCAAAAUUUAUAACAUUCUGUUCGUCUUAGACCAUUCUAUCAUAUGAAUAAAAUUAAAACCCCAUAUUUCAACUAACUUUCUUAAAAACACUGAAAAUGUCAUUUAGACGAUGUCAAACUAUACAACUAGGUCACAAUUUUUCGAUAUUUGAAUUUAUUGAAAUCACACCGGAAAAAGCGUGACCUAGUUAUUCAACAGGAUUUAAAAAACGAAAAAAAAGACCCCACUUCCAGGUUUUUGGCAAGUGGGAAUUUGAGCAGCCCUGGCGAAACCACAGAAAUAUGUGAGAAUCAGAGAUCUCACAUAUUCCUGUGGUUCAGAAAAAGAGAGAGAGAGCAUCCGACUCACGUUUUUCCUCGAGCGGCUAGCGGAGACAGCUACUAAGUAGAAUACUGUAGAAAUAUUAGGGAAGAAGUGAGUAACCACCUUUCUGACUGUUGCUUAUAUAGCAUUUUUGAGAGAUUUUAUCAUCACGUGUGUGUCACGUGGAUAAUAUAAAACCCUUUUUUCUAUUUUUUAUUUUGAAAAAAAAUUUAGAAAAUUCAAAUCAUUACAAAAAUUAUGCGUGAAACGCGUGAAAAAAAUGGCGAGGUAAGUGGAAAAUCAAAUCAGUACUCGUUUUGACAAAUCAAAUUAACUGCAUGGAAUAAUCGAUUAUCCAAAUCGCCCAAAAACUACAAAUUAUUCAUGAAUUUGUAUGAUAACAGAAGGGCUCCGCCGGCUCCUCCUUCUGGAUUGUCCCGGUUUCGCGCGUAGUUUUCUUUAGGUAAAAAGUGUUUUAAUGGUUUGAUUAUCGAAAACCAUUCUAAAAGUUAUGAAAUGAAUUUCGAUCCAAAACACACCUCGGCCACAAUCGUAGUUUCCACAAUAAAAAAUUGUUCGCUAAUUUUUUACGGUACAAAAAUUCUGAAUUUUUCAGUUUUUGUCCUCUAAAAUUUGUGAUAUAUCAAUUUUUGACCUCUAAAAACUGAAAUUCAGAUUUUUCAAAAAUUGUACUCUGGCCAGCCACGAUUUUGGCCGAGGUGUGAAUCAGAUUUUCAAGAAAAUCAUUUUUGAAAGCGAGUUUUGACCUCUCAAAGUCGCAAUUUCUCGAACUUUGCCACGUCAUAACUCAUGUUAGGUGUUGAGUUUUGCAGUUUUAGAUAAGGGAAUCGUGUUGAAAACUACUAGAAAACAUAUUACAUAAAAAAUCUCGAUUGAAACAGUUCCAUUGUCAAAACACACACUGAUUCCUACUUUUCAGCAUCUUUCAUGGCUGACACCAAACUUCGCGCAGCAAUUCCCGUUCUAAUCAUCUCCUAUGAAACUUUUCGACUUUACGCCAAUAUUCUACACUCUGGCGAUGUUGGAAUUGUGAUUUGUGACGAAGGACAUCGCUUGAAAAAUAGUGAAAAUUUGACAUAUCAAGCAUUGAGUGGAUUGAAAUGUCAGAGAAGAGUGUUGAUUUCUGGAACACCGAUUCAGAAUGAUCUUCUGGAAUAUUUCAGUUUGGUGAAUUUUGUGAAUCCAGGACUUCUUGGAACGGCCAAUGAAUUUAGGAAGAAAUAUGAGAAUGCGAUUUUGAAGUUAGUUUUAUUUUUUUUUUUUUGGAAUCUGGGGCAGGCUUGUGCGGAAAAUGAAAAUUCGUUUUCCGAUUUUCCGACUUUUUGGGAAAAUUUCGGAAAGCUUCUGGUCGGAAAAUAAUUUUUCCGAAAAUCUAUUUUCCCCACAAGCCAGAUUCUGGGGAGUUCAAAAUAAAAAUUAUAAAAUUUUUUCAGAGGUCGUGAUGCAGAUGCUUGCGCAGAUGACCAGAAAAAAGGAGAAGAAAAAACGAAGGAAAUGAUUUCGCUAGUCGAAAAAUGCAUAAUUCGUCGAACAUCCGCAUUGCUCACCAAAUAUCUUCCCGUUAAAUACGAACAUAUUCUUUGCUGUAAAAAUUCGACACUUCAAGAAACACUUUAUAAUAAAUUGACGGAAUGCGAGAAACAGAAUCGAUUGAUUGAAAAAGAUGCGAAUAAGGGAGCGACUGCUUCAGCAUUAUCUUUUAUUACACAUUUGAAGAAGUUGUGCAAUCAUCCGACUUUGGUUUAUGAGGAACUUUUGAAGCCUGAAAAUCGGUUCAGUAAAAGUGGGUUGAGUUGUUUUCUGAAAUUUCAGAACUCAACUUCUAAAAUGAGUUAUGACGUGGCAAAGUUCGGGACUUCAGCUUCAAAAAUUAUUUUUCGUAACUCUCAAAUACAUAAUUUCGUUUUUGAAGCUAGUUCUAAAGUCCUGAACUUUGCCACGUCAUAACUCAUUUUAGAAGAAGAGUUUUGCAAUUUGAGAAAGUCAAAACCUACUAGGAAACAUAUAUUAUAUUAAAAUUCCAGGGUGAAUGUUGAAACAGUUACCUACCUUGUUAAAUUGAAAUGGAAUUGCUCAGAGAAAGUAUGGCUUGAACGGCGCGGUCCGCGGACGAUUUUUCACCGAUUUUUUGGUGAAAAUCAUUACGCGGAUUCCGCGAAAAAUUUCGCGGACAGCGAAACUUCAGCCAAUGAGAGUCUAAUUUCGCGCAUUCCGCGAAAUUUUUUGACUCGGAAAUUUGAUUUUUUUGCGUUUUUCGCGGAUUCGCGGAUGGACUCGAGAGGGAGGGUUUAAAAAGGAUAAAUUGUAUCGCGUACGCGACAACGAGGAUAGCGCAGCAAGGAAGAUGGAUGACUACAAAACGAGAGGAUUGGGAUCGAUGCCGGGUUGGAACUACAAGUCAAUACUAACUUCUGAUAAUUAUCAGGGGUAGUGAAGCAUUUUUAUAUUUCGAGAGUGCAUUGCGCGGACGUUUCGCUAACAGCGGAGUAUAAUUUCGCGGACGUUUCGCUAAAGUUCUUGUGUCAGCCGCGGAUUGGCAGAUUUCUGGGUUUCGCGAACCGCGCCGUUCAAGCCAGACCUUUUCUGAGUGAAAUCAAAAUUAUUUAUUAAAAUUUCAGGAAAUCCAAUUUUUGAAACGUAAAAAAUCCUGGGAAAAUUUGGAUCAUUUUUUAAAUUUAAGUGAAUUUUUAACACAAUGCAUUGCUCAUGUUAAGGAAUUUACAAGUUAAGAAUUUUAAGAAUUUUUAUUAGGAAGUUUCGAAAUCUGCCAAAACCUCAUAUUUUUCAGAAUGUCUUGGAUUAUUCCCCGAAAACUUCAAUCCAAAAUCAUUCGACCCCUCAUUUUCGGGAAAAAUGAAAGUUCUCGACUACAUUUUGGCGGUCACUCGAAAAACCACCGACGAUAAAUUUGUGCUCGUCUCAAACUACACACAAACAAUCGAUCAAUUUAUGGAAUUGUGCAAACUUCGAGGAUACGAAUAUGUUCGAUUGGAUGGUUCGAUGUCAAUUAAACAAAGAUCGAAAAUUGUCGACACUUUCAAUGAUCCACAAAGCUCGGUGUUUUGUUUUUUGUUGUCGUCGAAAGCUGGAGGAUGUGGACUUAAUCUGAUUGGAGCAAAUCGGUUGGUUUUUCUUGAUUUUUCUUCAAUUAUUAAAAAAAAUAUUAAUUUUAUUCCAGAUUAGUAAUGUUUGAUCCUGAUUGGAAUCCAGCAAAUGAUGAUCAAGCAAUGGCGAGAGUUUGGAGAGAUGGGCAGAAAAAGACGUGUUUUAUCUACAGAUUAUUGGCGACUGGUUCAAUUGAGGAGAAGAUGUUCCAAAGACAAACGCAUAAAAAAGCGUUGUCAUCUUGUGUUGUAAGUUUUUGAAAUUUCAAAAAUGCUCCAGAUUGUCUCAUGAAAUAGGGAUUUUUUCCGCGAAAAAAUCAAAAAUCCUAUUUAUUUUUCACCUUGGAAAAUAUACAUUUCAAUGAUUUUUUAAUGACAAUUUUUCAAUGAAUGUUUCGUUUCCGCAUCAAAAAUAUCAUUGCGCUCGUAAUAAAAUAUUUCACAACUCACAAUUCAAUUUUCAGAUUGACGCUGGCGAAGAUGUGGCUCGACAUUUCAGUUCCGAACAACUCAAAGAAUUGUUCAAACUAGAGUCUAGUGUCGCAUCUGAUACACACGAAAAAUUGAAAUGUAAAAGAUGUAUUCAAGGAGUCGAAAGUUUGGAUCCACCAAUUGGCGCGGAUUGUGCAAGCGAUUUGUCCAACUGGUUUCAUUCGCAGAAAAAUGCGCGCAAAGUUGCAGAUAAUGUUCUUCGAGCGGUUUUUGAAUGCGGAUCCAUCUCUUUUGUUUUCCAUCAAAAAUCACAUAAUGUGAGGGUUUUUUUGUGGAAAAAUUGAUCCAUUGCCUAAAGGCUGAAAAUUCUUAUCCCAAUUUUUUUCAAUAAAAUUUGUAUGUUUCAAAAUUCUUUCAGGUCGAAGUCAAAUCGGUUGAGAAGAAACAAGAGGAAGCGGACGAUGAUUAUAAACCUUCGGAAGACGAAGAAGACGAGUAG